AUGAGAGCAGGCGGAGGAGCUUACCUUGGCAGAGCUCCUGCAGCUUUCGGUGAACGUUGCUAUGGCAUCAGGGAUCCGAAGGCACCGCCGAAGCAUCUGACCUGGCGGGGCAGCUAUGGUGGAACCAUCGAGCUGGAUGUUAACGGAUGCCUUGAGAAGGUGCAGAUUGAUGCGCUGCGAGGGCCGGUGAUUUUCCAGGCAGAUGGCACUACAACAUUCCUGGGGGAAACGAGCACUGUUUCCUGGCAGAAAAUCAACACAGCGGAUCAGAAGUUGCUGGCCCACAGAGCUGCAAGGAUCAAUCUGACCAUGAAGGACCGUGUCGAGGAGCUGAAGGCGAUCGAAGCUGCGAACGCACUGUCUUCUGAGGAGCGAAUCCGUCUACGCUGUCACAAAGAGCUGGCGAGGCCGGUAAUUACUUGGCAGAGGAUCGGACACGAGCAGGUUCAACAAAAGCACGAAAAGAUGUGCAAGGGCAUGACCUAUCACCUGGAGUUCCCCUGGUCCGAGGAGACACUCGAGAAGAUGGGCCCCCAAUGGCUCACCAAGGCUUUUCAUGCGGCUGGAACCCUCGACGAAAACAACGCUGUGACGGAGCUUCUUCUGGAGAAGAAAGUCAAGGUCACGGCAGGAAACAAUGCCGGCAAGUUCCUCUUCGAGGUCAGGUAUAAGUGGCAGACACCGGACCUCCAUACCAAGCUGUUCGCAAAGAUUCCGUUUCCACUGUCUGGUGCGACAAGCAGCGAUCGCUUGAGCAGUUCUGUGAACAAGCAACCCAUGGACUUCUACGAGAUCAAUGCUUAUCGUCUCCUAGAAGCUUCCAUGCCUGUGAAGACUCCCAAGUUCUACUUUGGAGAUAUCAGCAAUGAGUCCUCAAACUUUAUCCUGAUCACGGAGCGUGUGGCUUUCAGUGGUAUGCCGCCGUUGGACAGAUUUCAGAUUGAGGGCCCCUACGUCAAGUGCAAAGACCAUGAGAUGGGAGGAACUGACAAGGAGCACUACUGCCGCCUGAUGAAAGUACACGCCCAUAUUGCCGCAGCACAUAAAACGGGCAAGAUGGGCACCGAGGAUUUUCUGAGACAAAAUCUCAUGUACCAAGAUGCUGCUUUUUACACAGUGCAGCCUGAGAAGGCAUCUGGAUUCCCAGUGCAAGCAGUUGCCGGUCAACUCCGGGUUGCCAUCAAGUUCUUCUCAGAGACGGCGAAGCUCCUUUAUCCGGACUAUGUAACAACGCAGGCCUUUCAGGAGAAGUUCUUCAACACCAUGCUGACGUCAAACGCAUACUCACAGGAGCUGACGUCCUGGAAGCUCAAGGAUGCGGACUUCGUGGCGCUAGGACAUCAGAACCUGAACAUUGACAACGCAUACUUCUGGCGAGAUGAUGACGACCGCCUCGACUGCGGCAUUUUCGACCUUGGAGGCUUCGGAGCCGCCCCCCUGCACCACCGUAUCUGGUGGGGACUCAACUGCGCUGAAUUUGAUCUGGUGGCCGAAUGUUUGGAGGAGUAUUUGCAGCUCUUCAUCGACACGUACCAUUCUGCUGGUGGGCCACUCCUAAAUAAAGGCACCCUCAGAACCGGCGUGGUUCUCACGGCGCUGGAAAACAUGCAGUACAUGGUGGCGUCUAUCCCCAACUGCAUGAAAAUGUGCAGCACCAAGGAGUGGGCAACGAUCCAGGAUCCUAAGGAUCGCAGGAUUAACGAUGACAUCGGUGGGAAGAGCACCUUGAGGACUACCCUGAAGGUCCUGCUGAACGGCUUGCGAGUUCUUGAGGAGAUGAAGGCAGAUGAAGUCCUGCAAGACUGGAUUGAUCAGGUUUAUGUCAAAAAGCUUGGCCACGCGCCUAAGACCGCGUCGAUGAUCUUUGAAAACGAAGCCUUCAAGGCAGCGUGA